UCCAGUCAGCCGACGUAAUGAACAGCAGUAAAUGAAUAUAUCGGAAUAUAUACAUUUUUGUUACUGCCGACCUUUGAAUACAGAGACCAUUUCUGCAAUAUCAAGAACGAUAAUCAGUAGUUAAUACAUAUUUUAUGUUGUUUUAAACACUUAUUAGCAUAUAGAUUACAAACAUGAUACGGUGCCUUGUAGGAAAAUUUCAUUAUUCGAGCGUUAGUGCUACAAUCUCACGUACUACUGUUAGGUGGUUGACGAUGUCGGAAUCUGUCACAGCGUCUAAAGGUAUUAAAGAAACAACCAAUGCUCAAACAAACAUGGAUGAGGUUCUUAUAAAAGAGAUUGGACAUAAUGGCAUCAUAGUUUUGAACCGACCUAAGGCGUUAAAUUCUAUAAAUUUGUCUAUGGUUCAAAAAAUACAUUCCAUUCUCAAACAAUGGGAGUCUUCAAAGAAUUUGGUAAUAAUAGAAGGUACAGGUGAAAAAGCAUUCUGCGCGGGUGGUGAUGUUAAAGCACUCGUCUGGGCACUGAAUGAACCAGAAGGAAAUCUACAGGGCGAAGAAUUUUUUAGAACAGAGUAUACUUUAAAUCAUUUGAUUGGAACAUACAAGAAGCCUUAUAUUGCUAUCAUCAAUGGAAUAACAAUGGGAGGUGGUGUUGGAUUAUCUAUACAUGGCAAGUACAGAAUUGCCACGGAAAAAACUCUCUUUGCCAUGCCGGAAACAGCAAUAGGAUUGUUUCCUGAUGUUGGUGCGACUUAUUUUUUAUCUAGAUUAAAAGGCAGACUGGGUUUAUAUUUAGGUUUAACAGGACAUAGAUUGAAAGGUGUCGACGUUCUCCUUGCCGGGAUUGCGACACAUUUCGUACCAUCAGAGAAACUUGCAGAUUUGAAACGUGAUUUACUUGCAUUACAUGAAGUCGACAUUGAGUCCAUUUUGAAUAAAUAUCAACAAAUGCUGAAUCACGAGUUCAGCUUGGCACCUUAUAUGUCACAAAUAGAAAAUUGUUUUUCUGCUCCAACUAUUGAAGAAAUAAUUGAGAGGUUAAAGAAAGAUAAUUCGGAUUGGGCACAAAAAAACAUAGAAAUGUUGCUCAAAAUGUCUCCGUCUUCUCUCAAAAUUACCAAGAAAGCGAUUGAUGAAGGAAAAGAAAAAUCCUUAGCAGAUUGUUUAAAAACCGAAUACAGAUUGGCGUGUACUGCCUUAACUAGAGAUGGUGAUUUUUAUGAAGGUGUUAGGGCUCUUCUAGUUGACAAAGAUCAGAAACCAAUAUGGAAUCCAAUAUCCUUGACUGAUGUAACGGAUGAAUAUAUAAAUAAACGAUUUGAGGCAUUUCCUAUGGAGAAGGAGUUGCAGUUGUGUACCAGCAAAUUAUAA